AUGGAGGCCGUCGACGCGACCGAGCGCAGCUACAAAGGCUUCGACGGCCCGCCUCCAUCUCUGCUGACCCUCAUCAUCGACACCAACCCACACGCAUGGGCCUACCUAUCCUCGACCCUGCCGCUGUCCAAGGCCAUAGCGAACCUGCUCGUCUUCAUAAACGCCCACCUUGCCAUCAACUCUGCCAACCAAGUCGCCGUGCUCGCAAGCCAUACCCAACAGGCAACAUGGCUGUAUCCCACCCCGCAUCCACCAAACGCCCCCGGCCGCAGCACAGCAAACGGCGAUAAAGGAAGCAAUGGGAGGGCAGAUGGCGACGUCGACAUGGCAGACACGCCAAGCAUGGACGACGCGAACAAGUACCGCCCGUUUCGCAACGUCGAGACAGAACUGCUGGCCAACCUGCGCGCCGUCAUGGCGCAGACCAGCGAGGCCGACCUGAAGGCCAGCACGACGACGCUGAUCGCCGGCGCCCUCACCACCGCCCUCGCCUACAUCGCGAAAGCCACGCUCAAGUCGGCGCCGCAGGUGGGCGACAGCAACAGCGCCGCCGAUCUCGUCGCCGCCGCCGCCGCCGACGCGCCCCAGGCCCGCGCCUCGCUGACGUCGCGCAUCCUGGUCCUCAGCGUGUCGGGCGACCUGGCCUCGCAGUACAUUCCCGUCAUGAAUGCCAUCUUCGCCGCCCAGCGCCAGCGCAUCCCCAUUGACAUCCUGAAGCUGGCCGGCGACACCAUCUUCUUGCAGCAGGCGUGCGACGCCACCGGCGGCAUCUACCUGCAGCCGUCGGCGCCGCAGGGGCUGCUGCAAUACCUCAUGAUGGCAUUUCUGCCCGACGAGACGGCGCGGAAGCACCUGGUGUUGCCAAGCGCCGGCGAGGUGGACUUCCGGGCAGCCUGUUUCUGCCACAGGCGGGUUGUCGACGUCGGCUACGUCUGCUCCGUGUGCCUGAGCAUCUUCUGCGAGCCGCCGGCCGAUCAAACAUGCCCCACGUGCACCAACCCACUCUCUGUUUCGAGUUCCAUCACCCGGGUGCCGGCGCUGAUUCCCAGGAAGAAGAAGAAGAGGAAGAGGGUCGCGGGCGAGGCCACGCCGGGAGGAACGGCCACGCCGGGCACCCCCGGCGGCGGAGCAACACCGAUUCCCUCGUGA